UUAAACGACCAUCGACCAUCGGAAUUCAAUUCCUGAGAAGAUGGGAGACGAGCGAGUGAAGACGGAGGCACUUCAGAUAAUCGGAGUCUUUCAAGUUCUCCCACGACUUGUUGUCUUCGACCUCGAUUACACUCUCUGGCCUUUCUACUGUGAGUGUCGCUCCAAGCGUGAAAUGCCAUCUCUGUAUCCUCAAGCCAAAGGAAUCCUAUAUGCACUCAAAGAUAAAGGAAUUGAUGUUGCCAUUGCUUCUAGAUCACCAACUGCUGAUAUAGCAAGAACAUUUCUUGAUAAAUUGAGCAUCAAGUCAAUGUUUGUUGCUCAGGAAAUAUUUUCAAGUUGGACACACAAAACGGAUCACUUUCAAAGAAUUCAUUCGAGGACUGGGGUUCCAUUUAAUUCUAUGCUAUUCUUUGAUGACGAGAAUAGGAACAUCCAAGCGGUCUCAAAAAUGGGAGUAACAAGCAUUUUGGUUGGAAAUGGAGUGAAUCUAGGAGCAUUGAGAGAGGGGCUUGCACGAUUUUCUCAAAACCGGAAUGCAUCAGAGAAGAACAAGCAGAAGUGGUUGACUAAGUACUCCAAGAAAGCAGAUACAUCCAACAGUGAUGAUUGAAACUUUCCAGUUGGUGAAUAGAUAUCUGCUCAGAGAGUUGAAGUUGUUGCAUUAUUAUGAUGCCUGACUUCAUCCAAGACCGUAAGAUCUGAAAGCUUGAACAUUAGUAUCUGGAGAUGCCUUUCCGCUGGGUAGGGGCUGAUUUCACUUUUGAACAAGAGCUGGAAGGUUGGAACUGAACUAUCAGAUGUACAGGAAUGUCAAACUUUCUUUCAAAUGCAACCUUUGCAGCAAAAAGAG